AUGAGCUGCUCUCGGUUUGUUAUCGGAAUUACUGGAGGUGUAUCUUGUGGAAAAGUAGGUUUUUAUCGAUUUUUCAGCAAGAUUUGUUGAGAUUUUCAGAAAAAAUUGGCUGAAAACCUGCUGAAAAUGGAAAAUUUACAAAAUCAAUCGAUAAAUAUUGACAUUUGCCGGGAUUUUCGAGGGAAAAAUUGUGAUUUUAAGGUUUAUAUUGAUAGAAGCUUGGAUGAUUUAUUGAUAAAAUACACCGUGAAUUUGCCAAAAAAUAUUUUGAGCUCUGAAAAAUCGGAGCUCGCUAGAAAAUUGAUGAAAUUUCGAGAUUUUCACGUGGAACAUGUGGUGCCAAACAGGAAUUUGGCCGAUUUUUGGAUCAAAAACGUUGAGGACCCAGGUGAGCUCUCAAAAUUUCUUGGCUGAAAUUAUUUUCAGCCAAAAAAAAUCUGAAAAUUUCAGCUCGCCUUCAUCAACUUUCCCAGGCAAUUUUGCAAAAAAUGGCGAAAGGCGAAAAUUUUGCUGAAAAUCUGGAAAUUCAUCUGAAAAUGUCGGAAAAUGUGUCGAAAUUGUGCGAUAAAAAAUUAAGCCAGAAAUAUUUUCAGAUUUUUUCGAAAUAAAUCAUUUUUUCCCUAUAAUUUCUACAGUACCCCAGGAUUACUGUAGCUCAUUUUAAAGAGAAAAUUCAGGCCUACAAAAUGAUACUACACUCUAGUUAUGACGUGGCAAAAUUUCCAAAAAAUUCUGAAUUUUUUGAUCGGAAAUUUUUCACUGUUUCAAAAUUUCUAUGAAUUUUUUGGCGAAAUUUGGAAAUUGAUGAUAUCUUUCUAACUAUUUUUUCAAAUAAAAUAUCGAUUUUCGCCCUAAAAAUCUACAGUACCCCAGGAUUACUGUAGCUCAGUUUGUAGAGAAUUUCAAGAGCUACAAAAUGAAACUACACUCUAGUUAUGACGUGGCAAAAUUUUCCGAAAAUAAUUUUGAAUUUCAGAGGUUGUGACGUGUUUUUUCGAUUCCAAAAGUUUCCUGGGUACUGUAGAUAAAUUUCAGAUUACUGUAGUCCUUAGGAGUACUGUAGUGUACUGUACAUCAAACUUUACCCCAAAAAUGUCAAAUCUUCAAUUUUCCCGCCAUUUUUCAACGUGACCCAAUUUUUUUUUCAAAAAAAAAAAAAUUUUCCCGCCAAAAAUUCCCGAGCCUCAUUUCCUACCUUCCCAAAAAUGCCUAUCUAUCACACUUAUCGCUACUACUAUGAUCCGGUACAGUACUCCACCUACAGUAAUCCUACAGUAAGCCAGAAAAUUUUGCAGAAUUUGAACAAAAAAUCGAAAAAAUCCUCGUUUGCCACGUGGAAUAACAAGGAGGAGGAUACGGUAGGUCACCUACAGUAACCCUUUCGACUUUUUUUGAAAAAUGUCUCUUACAGUAUGACGCACGCGCCGCAUCCGACGCAUUUCAAUCAUACGCGUUGCGUAUGCAGCAAAAACGUCACCGCCACCUGGAACAAAAAGAUUUGAGCCGAAUUCUCGUCGAGACCAAGGAUUACUGUAGGGCCCAAGGUACUACUGUAGCCCUCCAGGAGGUCCCAUUGCCACGUGUCAGAAUUCCGGGGUAA